AAUAGUUAAAAAAAAUAGAUAAUUUAAAUCUGUAAGCAUCUUUUCAUCUAAGUAGUUGUAAAUUACCCCUUAUUCUACGUUAGAUUUCCACACUGCAAUGCUCAACUUCUAAAGCAAUGGGUAGUAAAUAUGCGGAGAGACAGGUGGAUUCCUGCAGCCAGAUCGCAACUCUGUUCAAGUCAUUUCACUGAGGAGAACUUGGACAGGACCGGCCAGACUGUUAGAUUGCGACAAAAUGCAGUUCCAACAAUAUUUGACUUUCCUGAUCAUCUUCUUAAGGUAUGCGCUGCAUUUAACUUUGAUGCUACGUAGAUACUUAUCAUAACAAAUACCUUGUGAACACUGAAAUUGAGUUGUUAUGCAUUGUAAUUUCACACCAUAGAGGUAGGGAAAACCUUAAACUGGAGGGACAUUUUUACAUUUGGGUCUAGUAAAUUUACUCUGUUUCAAUUGAAUUUUUGUGAAUCCGUGUUAAUUUUUAUACCGAACCAUAAUAAAUGUAGUGAAUGAAGAUACAUGUAUGUGUAUGAGUAACCCGCCCUGUUUCGCACCGGGGCUUGAACAUAUGCAAUGAGAGGCGAGAGCGCUGACCACACGGCCAAAAGCCCGGAUUGUCGACCGCGUGUUCAGCGCAGCUCUUGAGGGAGAGGGAGUGAGGUUUACCAACGUACACUUGCACAGCCUCACAGGCUGGCAUCUGUUACAUAUGCGUAUGUGCUUUUUUGGGUGAAGCAAGAUGGCCGACAAUGGCUUCGUGCGGUCAGCCGUGACACCCAUUCCAGGUAGUUUAGAGUUCAGUGCUUAAGCCCUCAAACUUCCCUGCGUGUGCCUGCUAGCUGCUAACAAAGAGAUCAACACAUCGCUAAGAAGCGCUCAAGUGAGUGUUGUGAUUGUUUGAAAAUGUGUAAAGUACAAAUGUUGAGAGCGUUGGUGAAUCAGCGACUAACGGCGGCAGUUGAAGAAAUAUUUGUAGUGUUGGAAAGAACGAUAGCAGAGUACGAGGAGGAACUUUCUCGAACAAAAGAGGAGAACGAGCGGCAGCGUCAAAUACUGGACGCUGUUUUCAAGAAGCCUGGGGUUGUGUUAUACAGAGAAGAAGUCAGUGCAGAACAUCUUCCACCUGAUCAGGAGGAGCCACAGCCCCCCCACGUUAAAGAGGAAGAGAAUGAUCACAGCAUCAGUCAGGAGAAAGAGCAUCUUGAAGGACUGGAGGAGUUUCCAGGGAUUGGUGUCCCUGUGAAGACUGAAGAUGAUGAAGACAAAGGUGAAAGUGAGGAGAAGAGAGGGGGGGAGCCUCCAAGCAGCCGCUCGACUCAACACAUGACAACAGAAGCUGAUGGAGACCACUGUGGAGGAUCACAAGCAGACAACCGAUUAGCUCCACUAUCAGAUAAUGACAACACAACGUCACUCUCUCCUGACACUGAUGAUGAAGGUGCUAAAGCUGAUAUGACAUGUCACACUGACAACACGCACUUUAAAUGCUCUCACUGUGACAAAGUGUUUAAAUACCGUUGUCAUAUGAAAACACACAUGAGAUUACACACAGGAGAGAAACCAUUCAUGUGCUUAUGGUGUAAUAGAAGAUACUCUCGGAAGGAUCAAUUGACAAUACACACAAGAAAACACACUGGUGAGAAACCUUUUACUUGUUCAGUGUGUAGUAAGGGUUUUAGACAUAAUCAAUGUUUGAAAACACACAUGAGAAUACACACUGGUGAGAAACCUUUUACUUGUGCAGUGUGUGGUAAGGCUUUUGGAUAUAAUCAACAUUUGAAAGCACACAUGAGAAUACACACUGGUGAGAAACCUUUUACUUGUUCAGUGUGUGAUAAGGCUUUUGUACAAAGUCAACAUUUGAAAUCACACAUGAGAAUACACACCGGUGAGAAACCUUUUACUUGUUCAGUGUGUGGGAUCAGUUUCAGACACACUGAAAAGUUUAAAGCACACAUGAGAAUACACACUGGUGAGAAGCCUUUUACUUGUUCAGUGUGUGGUAAGGUUUUUGGAUGUAAUCAACAUUUGAAAGCACACAUGAGAAUACACACUGGUGAGAAACCUUUUACUUGUUCAGUGUGUGGUAAGGCUUUUGGAUAUAAUACACAUUUGAAAGCACACAUGAGAAUACACACUGGUGAGAAACCUUUUACUUGUUCAGUGUGUGGUAAGGGUUUUGGACAUAAUCAAUGUUUGAAAACACACAUGAGAGUACACACUGGUGAGAAACCUUUUACUUGUGCAGUGUGUGGGGAGGGUUUUAAAUAUAGUCAAUAUUUGAAAACACACAUGAGAAUACAUACUGGUGAGAAAGUGUUGAGUUGCGGUGUGUGUGCUGAAGGAUUCUCUUAUAAGUACCAGCUUAACAAUCACAAGUGUGUUGGUGAGAACAGCAGCAGUAAAUGAAGUAGCAGGAUGUGAAAAAAGCUGUCAAGACUUGGGUAAUUUGGACUUUCUAGAAAGAAGAAACCUUUUACAUGUUCAGGGUCUGAUUUUGGUUUUGCACAAAAUCGAUAUUUGAAAAUACACAAUGGAGAAAACCGUUUUACCUUUAUCUGUUCAGUGUGUGGUUAUGGUUUUGCACAAAAUCAACAAACGCCCCCCAAUUGUUUAUAUCUAACGGCCCCCGUCAGCCCUUUGCCUCACUGACUCUUGAGCGCCCGUAUGUUUGACCACCCGCGCCCAAUAAUACGGUGCACCUUAUAUGUGUGUUAAAUACAGAAAUAGCACCCGUAAAAGAGACUGUGCUUUUUAAUACGGUGCACCUUAUGGUCGUGAAAAUACGGUAUUUCAACUUUCUUCUUAAGUAAUCUUUGUAAGUUUUCCUCUUGUAAUAUUAUGACUUUAUUCCCAUAAUAUUAUAACCCCCCCCACCUCAUUUUCUAAAAAAAUGACUACUUUGUUUUGUUUCUCAUUUUGUUAAGUGUAUGCUACUAAAAUGACAAUAUUACAAGUUUAUUCUCAUAAAAAUUGCGACUUUUUACUCUUAAUAUUUGGACGUUAUUCCCAUAAAAUUACAGCUCUGUUUUCCCCAUUUCUACUGUUGCCCCCCAACUCUCAUCUUUGAAAUUUUGUUCUUGUAAUAUUAAGAAUUUAUUGCCAUAUUUUGAUAUUAUUCCCAUCAUAUUAUAACUUUUUCCCGCAACCUAAUUUUUCAAAAACUACAAAUAAAAAAAGUCACAAUAUUGAAACUUUCUAAUUAAAUAAUCUUUGUAGUUUUUUUUAAUUUGACUUUAUUCGCAUAAUAUUAGAACAUUCCCCCAACUUACUAGAAUACGACUUUUUACUCUUUAUAUUUGGACUUUAUUCCCGUAUAAUUACAGCUGUUUGUACCAUUUCUACUUAUGAUUAUUUUCCCCCCACUUGAAAUAUUAUGACUUUAUUCCCAUCAUAUUGUCAUGUACUGCGUAUUAGAGUCCCUCCAUAUAGAGAGUUACGUCAACUGAGAUUACGCCGCCAUGUUGGGGCCAAUUCAAGCGCUCGGCUUGCGUGCACAGUACGACAAUGCAUGGAAAUUGUAAUGUCUCUCCACAAAGGGACGCAUGCAAAAUGUCUGUUUUAUAAUUAUUUACAGAUCUAUAUUUUCCAAUGUGUAAUAUGGUAUAAUUUUGCCAUCUUUUGUUAAAACAUUGAGAUUUUAUAAUAGUCAAAAUAUUACCAUGUUCACCUCAUGAUACUUGAAUGAAAAUAAAUGACAGAGAUAUAAAAGCCCCAAUAUUUAAACAUUGAAAAUGAUGAAAAUAUGUAUAUUUCUUCAUUGUUAUUUCAUUAUUAUUUAUACCUCGAACCAAGUGCAGAUUUUGCAAAAUGAAUGCAGUUUUAUAAGUUUGCUCGAGAUCAUGGAUUACUUUAUUUGCAACCAGAGGUGAUUUACACAAGGAUCUUCUUAACUCUAAGCAUCCAUGACUGCCUUAUUUUUUUCGUUUUUUUAUAGUAUAUCUUACGUUUAGGCUACUUUCUUAUAUCAAAACAAUUAAGUAGAACACAAUAUUUAGGUAAACACUCUCUCCAAAACGUGCCAAGAUCAUCAAGAGAUGCCUUAAACUUAGUAACAUCGCCCCAGGUGGCUCUGUCAAGUUGUCAAAACAUUGUGACAUUAAACAUUUUAACAUAUACAGACCCUACCUCGCACAGCUUUGAAGACGAGUUCGACUUCCAGCCCAAACGGUUUAUAUUAUUUUCCCAAAUUGUCCGUCUGUUGACAUCUGAAGGGAAUCUGUAAGGCUUGAAACCCUUCUCAUGUCUAUUUGUGCAUCCAAAUGCACAACAACCCGGCAUUUUUGGGGAAUAAACAAUAAUACGCCAAAGAAUACUGUAAAGACAAGGCGAACGCAAACGCAAAUUUGGCCCCAAGAUGGCUCCACGAGUCACGUCACCGUAUUUUUUCGACUACUUAUGUCUCAACUCUCUAUAUAGAGGGACUCUACUGUGUAUGUCGCUCUGCUGCCCCCUGUCUGCCGUCUGUUUCAGCGCAUGCUGGCACUGAUCGAGCUGAUGAGACACACUUGUGAUCAAUCACUGCUACCUUUAUCAGCUGCUGCCAGACAACUGAGCAGCGCCAGUUAUUCCUUCGCUUACCUGUGAACCUCCAGCCCUUCCUGUUCCUCUGGUGCCUUCUAACUGGUCUACCCUUUUGCCUGUUGUUAACUUUGGACAUUACCCGUGCUCACGCUAGGUAUUUCUGCUACCUUUUUGUAUUGCAGCUCUUUCUGUUAGCUUAGUGUUUUUUCUUGCCCUUUUAGUUACGGCAGUGUUUUGUAUUUUGUAUUUGGCUUUAGCCCUGAGACCCUUUGUUAUCCUUUUUGUAUUUUUGCUUAUGUUUGAAUUUAUUACCUUUUUUUGAAAUAAACCUUUUUUUAAUAACACGCGCUGUGUGUAUCAAUCUGCAUUCUGGAAUCCAAACCUCGGCAUAGCUGAAACGUGACACAUAUUUUUACUUUAUUCUCAUGAUAUUUUCACAUUUGCCUAAAUUAAAUUUUUUUUAAAGUACCACUUUAUUUUCUUGUUUUGUUUCACACAAUAUUACAAGUCAUUUUCUUUUAAUAUUUGAAAUGUAUGCUGCUAAAAUGUAACAGUAUGACGUUAUUCUCGUAAAAUCACCACUUUUUCUUGUUAGGUUCCAACUUUUUUCUUUUAAUCGUUUGAUUCUAUUCUUGUCAAAUUACUGCAGAUUUUUCUUUUUUUUUUUUUACAUACCAGCAGAAGGAUGUCUCUCCCAAAGUUCGCAGGGACAAUUCUAGUGGUCCUCAAUCAGAAGUACAUCUACACCUUAAAGCUACCAAUCACUCUUUUGAGGACAGCGAGGUAAAGAUUUUGGCCAAAGAAAACAGACGGUUUGAAAGAGGAGUAAAGGAAGCUAUUUUUGUCAAACAACAGAAGCCAUCAUUGAAUCGGAAUGGUGGUUUGAGGUUUAAUUUGGACCCUGUGUUCAGCAGGUUGC